UCAUCGUUUACCCGCGUUUGUUGAACAGCCCACUUAGUUUGGCGGGAGUGACCUCACGGGCAGCUGUCCCAGCGCUUAUUCGGUCUGGUGAUCCACUGAAGACACUUGGUUUACUCGCCCAUCAUCAGCCACCAUGCAGUUUCAUGGCAGAAGAAAGAAGUUCAUCAGCAGCCCUCAAACAGAGCUCUAUGGAUGUGCUCUGCAGUUUUACGGGCAGCCUCCUCUUGAAAACAUCUCUCUCACUGAAUUCGAGGCAUUUGCUGUGGACAGACUGAAAUUGUUGAAGUCUGUUGAGACUUUGGGAGUGCGUCACGUGAAAACAACGGAAGACUACAAAAAGAAACUGGAGACUGAGUCUAAAAACCUGAACUUUCCUUACAGACCACCAUCACAGACUGAUCAAAGAAAACCUCAGAUUGGACUAAGUGAACACGAGAAAAGAAGAAAGGAUCAUAUCUCUCACUUCAUUCUCAGGCUCGCCUAUUGUCAAACGGAAGAUCUCAGGCGCUGGUUUAUACAACAGGAAGUAGAUCUUUUCCGCUACCGCUUCAAUGAGCUGGAGGCAAAACAAAAGCUUGAAUUUCUGCACAAAAAUAAUCUGCAGUAUAAUACGAUCAGCGCUGAAGAGAAGAUGAGUCUGCAGGAGAAACUUAUCAACUCCAGUUACAAUGUCAGUGGAAUCACCGUGAAGGAUCAGGACUUCUACAAAGUUCCAUUUCAAGACGCCCUGGAUCUGGUGCGAACAAGAAAGGUGUACCUCAAAGCAGGCUACGUGUACAUUCCACACCAGGACAUCGUCGCCAUUGUUAUCAACGAUUUUCGCACAAGGCUAUCGAAAGCUCUCGCGCUGGCAGCACGCUCGCUACCCGCCGUGCAUUCUGAUGAACGGCUCCAACCUCUUCUUAACCAUCUCAGUCAUGCCUAUGUGGGACAGGAUUACAGUGUUCAGAAGAAUGUGGGCAAAAUCUCCUUGGAACAAAUUGAUUCACUUUCAGUGAAGUCCUUCCCACUGUGUAUGAGGCAGCUCCACCAAGCUCUCAGAGAAAACCACCACCUCCGUCACGGAGGCCGCAUGCAGUACGGCCUCUUCCUCAAAGGCAUCGGCCUCUCUCUGGAGCAGGCGCUGCAGUUCUGGAGGUUGGAGUUCAUCAGAGGCAAAGUGGAUGCAGACAAGUUUGACAAAGCAUAUACAUAUGGUAUUCGCCACAUGUUUGGCAAAGAAGGCAAGCGAGCAGACUACACCCCCUACAGUUGCAUGAAGGUGAUUUUGUCAAACUUACCCAGCCAAGGCGACCAUCAUGGAUGUCCAUUUCGUCACAGUGACCCAGAACUGUUGAAGCAGAAGCUACAGGUCUACAAAGUGUCGCCCAGUGGAAUCAGUCAGAUCCUGGAGCUGGUUAAAGGAAUGCACUAUCAGCUGGCGUGCCAGAAGUACUUUGAGCUGACACACAACGUCGAGGAUGCCAAUUUUUCACUCAACCACCCCAACCAGUACUUCGUAGAGAGCCAGAAAGCUUUGGGAGGAGGAGGAGGAGGAGGAGGAGGCGGAGGAGGCAAGGACAUAAAGCGAGAGAUGGGGACUCCACAGAGGUCGCGGGAAAACUCUGCUGUCAGAGGCUCCACUGCGGCACCAGAGGCAGCAGCCAGUGCCUCACGGGAUUUGGCUGAGAUUCCAGAGGACCUGGAUUCUUACUUUCAAGACGCAUGAGGUUCUUUUAUACAUUUGUUUGUCUUUUCUAUGAGAGCUGAAGGUCGGCCCAUAUUUUGACUUAAGUUCAAUCUGUACCUCACUUGUGAAAUAUUAAAGCUGCAUUUUCAUUCA